UUAAUACAAGUCAUAUAUUACAAAAAAUAUACAAACAUAAACUACGGAGUUUCUACUUUCAAAAGAUAUAAUUUUUAUGUUAUAUAGUUUAUAUUAGAGUGAUAAAAUUAACAACUUAUGUAUACACACACCACUUGUAAACUGAAACGGAGGCAUAUGACCGCAUUCCGCCAAAUGACCCCCUCGAGUUGCGCUGCAGCCAAUGGGAGCAGCCCAGGGACAGGGAGAAUCGUUGACGAAACAACGCGCAGCCAAAGGGACAACCACAACGCAACGCGAGCCUCGCCCGGCGUUAACGAAUAGCCAAUCCCCCUCAAAUGCCUCGUCUGAUUGGUGAUUGCCUCCUCGUCCGGCGUUAAAAAGCAGCCUCGGCUCCUCCGCGCAUCCGAACCGAGCCUCGCCACCAUGAUCUCCCCGCGCCCCACUCUCUCCUCCGGCUUCUUCUCCCGCUCCGCCUCCUUCUCCCGCCCCGGCUCAUUCUCCCCCUCGCCGCCUGCCUCGCCGGCCGCGCAGGCGCCGCCGCGGCUGCUCUCGGCCCCGUUCGCGCGCCACGCCACCUUCUCCCGCUCCGCCUCCGCCGUCGCCGCGCCGGGCCGCGGCGCCUCCUCCUGCUUGUACGACGUGCUCGGCCUCGACGCCGGCGCGAGCGACGGGGAGAUCAAGGCCGCGUACCGCCGCCUGGCGCGCGCCGUCCACCCGGACGUGUCCCCGCACCCCGCCGCGUCCGCCGACGACUUCAUACGGGUGCACGCCGCCUACAGCACGCUCUCCGACCCCAGCAAGCGCGCCGACUACGACCGCCGCAUGAUCAUGAUCCCCUCCGCCGUCGGCCGCCGCAGCGCCCCCAACCUCGCCCGCUCGCCGUCGUUCCCCGGGUGCUGCCGCCGCACCUGGGAGACCGACCAGUGCUGGUGAUCGACGUUUUCGGCCGGAGUGGCCUCCGGCUGGUUCCCCGGGCGGUUAGAAAUGCAAAGGUUACCGCGGCCACUAGGCUCACUUGCAGUGGUGGCCGGGUCACUGCGCUUCUAGAAUAAACAGUAGUAGUACGUACUCUGUUAUUAGCGCAACGUACAAUUAGUCUCACACUUCGCUGUGGCUUGUAUAGAAAACAAAAGAUCGAUGUAUGGCGUCGUGUGUGACGUCCGUCUAUUUUGAAGUUUAUCAUGCAUGUUCGGCUUGA